UUUGUUUCAGAUACAUAAACUCUUGAACAUCUGUUCCUGUGAAAGUGGCUGAUCUGGACCAGAGUUCAGGGUUUAUUAGUCUAAACGUACGAGACCUGAGAUCUGUGGGCUUGUCACUGGAAUACGUUUCUCUUGCUCUGUAUUGUGUCAGAGGGGUUCCAGGUCCUGUUGCUCUGCUGUUGAAUUAUUACCAUCCUAUUCCUGUCUCAAGAAGCCGGGAAUAACAGCCUUCCUCGUUCCCUUCCAGUCAUGUGACAAUGCAACCUUUCAGCUCUGUCAGGCCCCCCUGCGCCUCUCUCGUCUCUGAGUACACUGGCACAUGAUCUGAAGGGAUGGGCUGCUCAGUCCCGGCAAUUAGGAUUCUCCAGGCAAGCUGAAAGCCAGGUAAAGGCAGGUUGAGAGCACAGUGAUAUAGCAGAAGGGAAUGUGAAAACAGCCCCUUCAGAUCUGUGCAGGUAAAGACAUGCUGGGUUAGCACUGGCUUUAAACAAACAGGAACUUGAUCCACAGCAGAACAGCUUUGAUUGACAUGAAUGUUUCAUAUGAAGCUGCCAGAGGCUUGGUUUCCAUCAAUAAUUCAGAGAAGCAGGAGAGCGUUGAAGAGGCUGCUCUGCUCUGUCCUCUGUGCUUCUCAGAGUGUCCCUGAGAGAGAAGCAGUAUGAAGCCAGCCCCAGCCUGGAGCUGCUUGCUCUUUCUAUUGUGUGGAAAGUCCUGCACUUCAUCCAGCCUGAGCUCAGACUCCAGGCAGGGAAGCUGUGGCGCUGGAACCACCUGCACAGGAGAGGGAAGCAACCACAGCCGGUGCCAAGCAGGGUUUUACUGUCCAGAAGGAAGCGCAGUUCCUGUCCCGUGUCCCAAAGGCAGCUUUGGCCCCACUGAAGCAGCACUGAGUGCAAACGACUGUCUCAGGUGUCCUGUGGACUUCUUCAAUCACCUGGAGGGCCAGGCAGCUUGCUUUACCUGCGGCUCGGAGGCCAGGCAGCCCCAAGAGGGGCAGGAGAGCUGCCUGUGCCUUGGAGAAGGACAGGAGUUCCAGGUCAGUGACAGUCAGUGCCCCUGUCUCUCAGGGUACAGGCCGGCAGGGCAGGGCUCCAGGCUGUGUGUGCAGCAGGUCUAUGAGAUCUGCAGGGAUGGGAGCACCAGGAACCAGGAGGGGGCCUGCCUUACCCAGGAGCAGUGGAAAGAGUACUGUGCACUCCAGGUCUGCUCCUCUCCCUCUGACUAUCAGGGUUAUGACAAAGCCCUGGGGCUGUGCUUGUGUGGAUUUGAAGACGUGGACACUGUGUGCAACAGAGAGUGUCGGAGGAGGCAGAGACACAUCAUCCAGCUCCUCUGCAGAGAAACCUUCCAGCUGCAGAUCAGUGACAAUGGAAACAAGGUGAAAGCGUCAGUCAACACCAUUGAAACCUUCACAAGCAGCUGGGAUUCUAUCAGAAUGCAAAGAUGUGCUCCAAAGAAGGACUACGCUGUGCCAGUGUACCUCGUACAAACAAAGGCGCUGGGAUUUCUGGGGGUGUUGAAUCCCGAUCCUAAAGAGAUACAAAACUUGUUCUGGACGAGCAGGAAGGCAAAAAGUCACCCAAAUAUAACUUCAAAGAGUUCUGGAAACGCCCCUCACUACAAUAAAACAGCUGGGGGAAACGACACCCUCGGUGGAGCUGAUAAACAUUCCACAGCCCACCCAGACUUCCAGUUUGCAGGGAUUUUAAACCCCACAGCGUGCCUUAGUGUUGGAGACGUCCUCGUAUUCAUUGUAUCAAAGGAACACUAUCCUGUUUACGAUGUCGGUAAUCUGCUCAACACUAACAGCAAGUUUGACUGGGGAGGAUUCAGAGCGCUGGCAGAGGAGAUGAGUCUCUCUCAAGCUGCCUCAAAGCUGUUCUCCUUCCCCUUCACCCAGCCUGGGGUGUAUGUACUGAAACUGAACAGCAACCAGCAUAAGAAGAUGUCCCUCAGAGUGAUGCCUGUGGGAGGCCAGUGUUACGAGGAAGGCCCGUUCUUCCCGACCAUUCCUCGGCAUGUGAUCCAAAUCGGUAUCGCCCGGAGCCGAACUGCCAGCCUCCUGCUCCGUCCAGACUGGCCCGUCAUUGUGGGCCUGCUGAUCGGAGCUCUUGUCAUCUUCAGUGUGUGCGUGACGCUGCUGAUUUUAUUCAGGGAGUUUGGAUGGCCUGAAAAGAAGCCAGCAGACCCAAAGUAUAGGAAACUGCAUCUCAAAUACAACUUUGACGAUUAUUCUUCGAAAGGAUCCACGGUCCUCGCUUUGAAAAAGCUCCAUCGCAGGCUGCAGAGACAGGAGUGUGAAGAGGAGCUGGGAACUGGGGCUCCACAAGUCGAUGAGUUCUGGGACUAUGAGCAGCAGAUUGACCUGGAAGCGUUUGACACAAAUCUGUUCUACGGAAUCCUGCUGAAGCACACUGUCUCCGUGACAACAAAACUCAGCCAGCUUAAAGAUGAGGUGAAAGUUUUAUAUCAGAAAACACUGCGUGAAACAGAGUCCCUGAAGGAGCUCUUGGUGAGCUGGACUAACCUGUCUGGAAAGGGAAAGCUCGUUGGUACAGCGGUGCUGGAGAGCUUUGAAACAAAGUGCCGGGAGGUGGAGGCAGAGGUGGGCCGCAGGAAGGCCCUGGCUGUGGAGUUUGGCAGGCUCCAGGAGAAACAGCUGCAGCUGCUGGCUGAGGACUGGAGGAGCCGAGAGGAGCACCAUGUGAGCUUCAGCGCCGCCCUGCUGGAAGCUCAGCGGCUGCUGGAGCAGCUCUGUGAGCUGGAAGGCCGUGCCUGCCUGCCUGAGGAGGAGGGCAGUGCCAGCCUGUUAACCCAGCGCCUCGCCUCGCUGCUUGCCCAGAUGUCAGAGGAGGUGACACGGGAGUGCCAGAGACUGGGAGCCUGGGGGGUGCUGGGGGACGGCACUGGGGCUCAUCUCCUAUCCAGAAGCAAAGCAGAGAUCCUGACAAGAGAGGACCUGCUGGCUCCUGACGGGACAGUGCGAGCUUGUGAUGUGGUCCACAUUGACCCCCUGACCGGACUGAUCGUCCCGAACGCUGAUGCUCAGAUGCUGUCAGCCAGUGGCUCCCCCGUGCCGGUGCCCCGGGACCUCUGUGUGAACCCCCACACCGGGAAGCUCUUACCUGUCGCAGGUAACGUGGCCUUCGACCCAAGGAGAUCCACACUGGUCUUCACUGCAGACUGCAGAGCAGGCGAGCUCAGUAAGUGGGAGGAGCCUCCCAUCCCGUUUGUUCCAUUUCCGGUGUGCAGCAGGACUGGGCUGCCAGUGAAAUGUACUCUGGGAGGAUUAAACCCUGGGAGGGACCUGAAGCUCGGGGGGCCCAUGGCAGAUCCAGCAACAGGGGUUCCAGUGCCCACGCUGGGGGUCACUAUUCACCCUCACACUGGCCGUGUACACCCCCUGGGAGGCACCUACGUCAGCCCGCUCACAAAGCUGCUGGAGUCCAUUGAGAUCGGAGGGGUCAUGGUGCACCACCACACUGGACAUGUGCUUCCUAUCAUUGGAGUGAGCCUGGAUCCCCACUCCGGUUGCGUGAUUCCAGUCGGCGGGGUGCUCAGUCCCUCUGGUGCCCCCCUGCUUAUGGGAGACACCUUCACGGAGCCCCUGAGUGGGAAGGCAGCCCGUAUCUCCGGGGCCAGCCUCAAGGGGGCGCAGGUGGUGCCGCACGGAGGGGGCUACCAGGCCUCACUGGACGCCCUGACGCUGGCCUGCAGGGUGCGAGUGACAGCCUGCCUGAAUCAGUGCAGAGCUUCUCUUCAGGAGCACAGUUUGCUGAAGGAAUCGACGGGAGAGCUGGCUAAGGCUUGGAGAAGAAGCCAGCUGUGCCUCAUACACACUGCGUGUGAGCUGGAGCGACAGCGGGAGCGCACCAGGAGCCUCGCAGACAGCGGAGGGAGCUGGGGGCUCAUGAAGUAUCCAGGGACACAGCUGCUCCUCCCCGCUGUGGCUGGAGUGGGGUACCCCGACCCGGGAGGCUCAGGAAUGGAGGUGCCCCUCCUGGGGGUGCAGGGAGACGGGAGCAGGGGGGAGCUGAUCCCUCUCGCAGGAACCAUGGAGGAUCCAGACGGGAAAGGGCUUGUUCCUAUCAGUAUUGGAGCCAGAGCUGUGGAUCCAGUUACUGGGGAAAUCGCUCCCGUCGUGGGGGCUCGCUUUGACCCCUGCAGAAACACUGUGGUGCCCAAAACUCAAACCUGUAGCCGCUCUCUGAGAGGAAAAACAAGCUUACAAGUGGUUGAUUUGCUGGAAAGGGAAAUGAAGUUAAGAGAUGAAUACUGGAAGGACCAAAGGCAGAAAGAAGAAGAACUCCUAAGAGGCUUGACCGAUUUACUGCAGAAUUACUGCAGCACUAACGCAAGGGGCGGGAAGGAGAAGGCUCGCUGGAAGGAUCACAUCACUGUUCUCAGAGGGCUGUGUGUGUGUGUGUGUGUUUUGCAGGCUCGCUGGAAGGAUCACAUCACUGUUCUCAGAGGGCUGUGUGUUGGGCUGCAGGGGGCCUCUCUGGCUGAGACACAGCGAAGGGCAUUUCAAGCAUCGGAUCUGUCCUUCGCAAUGCCGUCACAAGUCAUCUACAUCAUGACUAAAGUUGACAGGGAGGAAGGGGAGCAGCACACCCGCUUUGCAGCUGUGUUCGGGGAGAUGCUGGAGAAGGUAAGCCAGGCUUCAGACAAGAUGAAGCAGGAGGAGGACAGACUGAGAGCCCAGGCCCAGCAGAGCAGGAUUCAGCCGGGAGAGCAGGGUGUGAAUCUCAAGUACAGGAAGGUGCACAGCCGCUUGCUGAAGGACUCUUGGGAGACCCUGCUGAGGAGACAGGCUGGUGUAGACGUGGCUUUGUGCAGGCUGCUGUACCUGCGGGAGCUGUCCUACCUGCACGCCGUCACAGGGAAGACCCUGUUAUCUGGAUCAUCAUAUUGGUCUGGCGAUUAUCAGAUGAUCCGCCACCAACCCACUGAAAACCCCCAGAGAGCUUCAGAAGCAAAGCAGCGGGAGUUAAUCCCCUUACUGGAGCAGCUGCUGCCCUUGCUGCAAGAGAACAGAGUGCUCCACCUCUCCCCUGGGACCCCCCGGCCAGCCUCCGGUGAGGAGCCGUGGGAGAGCAUGCAGAUGAGCUGCUUUCAAGAUUGUGUUGUAGGUCACUCCAGCACACGGUCACACCGUCUCAUUUCAGAGAGGACUGCUUUGGAAACUUCAUCCAGAGCUUGGACUACCUCUGUCCCAGCAGACAAAGGGCGCUCUGCUGUCUUUCUGAGGGACUCUUCUGAAGGUGCUUCUGAGUUUCACAGAUCAGUGGAAAUCCAGACCCAAGCUUUAGAUGAAAUGCCAGCAGCAGAAACGCAACUGAUUCCUACAACAAGAGAAGCAGCCACUCCGAAAGAGACGCUGCCCACAUCAGCGACAGUCGACAAGCAUGGAAAAGCCAGACCGUCUGACCGGAAAAAUCCACACAAGUGGCAGCGGCUGCUGCAGCGCUCUCCGCUGUUCCAGCUGCUGAAGGAGCUCGAUGGGGGACUGAGGGCCAGUGCGCAAGCUGCAGGACUGAUCCUACCAGAGGAAGAAGGGAAGACAAGAGCAGCCGCUGACAGGCCCUUCCUGGAGCUGCUGGACGCGCAGUGGGUGUGUGAGGGGGAGCUGACUCCACUCAACAUACAGAGUCUGACAGCUCGAGAGAUCACUGUGUAUCAGCAUGGCCAGUCCCUGCUUCGCUCCCUGCAGACACACAUUCACGCCCCUGUGGUCACUCUGCUGCUUGCCACCAGUCUGCCUUCAAACAACUACACCAGCAAUGCCUUCCGUCACUCAUUCUUCUACCAGGAAGCUCAGAAGAUCUUGUUCAUUCGAAGGCAGCGGCUGCAGUCUGUGGGCGGCUUCACCCUCCUGCUCCUUCACUGUGUGUCUCACAUUGCAGCAGGGGGCAUGACCAGUGACUCCUGCCCUGUCUUUCUGCGCCUCUUUUACCAGGCUCUGGAAGCCAGUUUCAGUGAGCUGUACUCCUCGUGCUCACACUCUCCUGUCCUGACGGAUAUCCUCCAGCAGGGGGAGCCGUGCAGUGAGGGAGCUCAGAGUGCGCUUGCUGGGCUGCUGCAGGGCCCCACCAGCAGGGCGUUUCCACAACAGAAGUACAAUGAAGCUGCCGUCUACAGCAAGAUCGAGAGCCUGGUGAAAAGCAAAAUGGUGGAAAUGAAGCGAGAAUAUUUCACACAGCCUUCGAGAAGAAGCGGCCCCCGAAACGACGUGGACAGGGGGCCACAAAGAAGGUGUGGCCGAGGAGAAGCAGGUCUGCCUCUGAGCGCCGAUGAGAUCCAGGAGAAGGUGGACCGUUUGAAUGAAGAGAUGUCAGAGCUGCUGGGCUGUGAAUACAGGGGGAAGAGGAAGGGAAGUCUCCCUGAAGCAGCAGCCACACAGCCCUGCCCUCCGCCCUGCAGAGAAUCCCUGCUGAGACACAUCGAGGAGCUGGAGAGGGAGUGUGGGCUGAGCAGAGGCUGUGAAAACAAUCCAAGCGGCUAGGCUGGGCUCAGAGCACAGUGCAUCCACGCACCUAAACCCCUCCCCUUUCACACAGGCUCCAAUCAACACUCGCUCACACACACACAGACAGACAAACACACAGUUUACACAGGCAGCGCUUUCAGCAUGCUGCACUCACACUUCUCAAUUGGUGUCAGUUAAGGAUCUGGAAAACUACAAAGCGUCGUGUAAGCCAUGUAGUUAUGUUUGCUUGUAAUGGAAAUGUUUGUCUUCGAGUUGGUUUCGUUUGUUUCAGUGUGUCUUGACUGAGCCCGGCUCUGCCCUGUACUAUAUAGUCAGUGUGUUGUAAUUCUGAGUGUAGCUGCCCUGCGCCUCUCUUUAAAGAGCACUUUGAAAUGUCACUGGACUCGCGUCUUGCUUGUCUGUUGCAUUUCUUAUCCAGUGGGGUUUGCAGUCCUUCUCAUUGUGUCUUCGUUGACUGUCUUCCUGUGUGGAUAUUGUAUUGAGUCCUGCAGUAAAUCAAGGGAAUAUCGAGAGCUGGGAACCGUGCUGCCUGUAAAAGUGCAGUUCAAGCUGGGAUUGGUGGAUCUCCUGGGAUCACGUUUAUUUUAUUUUAACAUGCGAGACAGAACCGUUUUCAAAGCCCAUCUGCCCUGUCCUGUCAGCACACGUUGCUUUCCACCAGUUCAGAAAUGAAACCAAACCCGGACUGACCUGGGAAAGAGUGAUCCUGACAUGAGCACAAAACCUAGAGGAACAAUUAUAGCAGCCUUAAUCCUCCGAGAGACUUUUUAUAGCAUCUCCCAAAGUGCCCUCAACGAGGCCUGAUGGAACUGAGGAACAGAGUCUUGGUGAUCA